CAGUACAAUAGUCAACAUAAACGUCUGAACUUUGUUCAUGCUUUGUACAAGCUUGUAUCACACCGUUCUAUGUGCAAGCUUGUAUCACACCGUUCUCUGUGCAAGCUUGUAUCACACCGUUCUCUGUGCAAGCUUGUAUCACACCGUUCUCUGUGCAUUCAAUCUGUAUACUUGUUUAUGAUAACACUGUUCCACAUGAGUCCAUCGGCAAACCAGUUGGAAUUCUUUUGAAAAAAUGGCAAAGUUCGGAGAAGAGGAGACUGCGGGACAGUUUUCCAAUCGCCUCUCCGGAAUCGUAGAGGGUGGAUUGACGUCGCUCUCCAUCGCCUUCGGGGUCAAAACAGGUCUUUUCGACAUCCUCGUCGAGCACCAUCACACACCGAUGACAUCACAAGAAUUGGCAGAUGCAGGAGGUUUUAAAGAAAGGUACGUCCGUGAAUGGCUAGGAGCGGUGGCAGGAGCACGCAUCGUCCAUCUCGACCCCGUAACGGAACGUUACCACAUCCCAGCUCAACUCCUCGAUGUCUUCAAAAAAGGCACCCCUCAGAACCAUCUCGUCCUAGCUACCAAGGCGGUGCCCUUCCUCAGUGAGGUCUUCAACGAUAUGCGGGAGGUGGUCAAGAAGGAAGGUCCAUUAGGUCUUCCAUUUUCCAAGGCCAAGUCUUUCACUGAGUUUGAAGAUGACUUCUCACGACUGUGGUACGAGAAUGAGUUUCGUCAAGAGUUCAUCCCAUCGAUUCCUUCGCUUCACACAAAACUAGACAAGGGCAUCAGUAUGUUGGAUGUAGGGUGCGGCCACGGAGCAGGUAUUCUAAAUUUAGCCGAGCACUACCCUCGCAGUCGCUUCGUCGGCAUCGAAAUCGGAGAGGAUAGCGUCAAAUCAGCUCGUGACUUGGCCAACGUCAAGAACCUGACGAACGUUGAGUUCCACUGCAUCGAUGCAACGACCUUGCCUAAGGACUGGGCCAAUACCUUCGACUACGUGUUCUUCCAUAAUGUCAUCCACGACUUAGCGCGUCCGGAUUUGGUUUUGAAGGAAGUCAAAGAGGUAAUGAAACCAGAGGCACUUAUGUCUGUUCUUGAGAUCAAUGCAAGCUCGAAGCAAGCAAACAACAUUGAUAGUCAAGGAGGUUCUGAGUUGUAUACCUUCAGUCUGUUUCAUUGUCUACCUGUGUCGUGUAAUACCCCUGGAAGUCUAGGACUUGGAACGGCCUGGGGGAAGGAGGCAGCGACGGAGUUCUUUAAGGAACAGGGCUUUACGAUUAAAUCAAUAACUGAAUUACCAAAACUCCAUUUUCUGUGCACUGUAUCGACAGAGUCCCUUAAAGGCCAAUGAUCAUCCAUUGUGCCAUCACGUGUUUUGUAGGAGCCAGAUUUUUUUCAACCGGGCUGCCGCGAGAAAAAUUAGUUAAAGAUCCAUGUUAGAUCCAUUUUGAAAUAAAUCUUAAUUUCGUGAAAACAAAAUACAUAGUUACCCCUUUUUUUCUCUGAACAGAAGAUCCAAUGUUUAUAAUAAUAAAGAUAAUCUGGCGGUGCGCUCGGGUGCAAUUAACUCCCGAUUUCGUUUUGAUUUGACCUUGCUUUUCUAUUGAAUAAACACGUUGUUUACGUGAAACCGCUGGGAAAGUGUCGCAGCAAACCUGCCAUAACUUUGGCAUAUGACAAUGAAUCUUAAAGAUCUUUACAUUUUU